AUGCACAACAUCUGCGACGACUUGAUUNUUUCCCAGGGCACGACAAAGUGGCCGCAAGAGAAGGAUCGUAUACUGCUGGCUCCAUAUGACUAUCUGGACGGGCAUCCUGGCAAGGACAUACGCUCUCUCCUGAUCGGUGCCUUCAACGCCUGGCUGCAUGUGCCAAAGCCGAGUCUCGACAUCAUCACAAAAGUAGUUGGCAUGCUACAUACUGCUUCGCUACUCAUAGACGAUGUCGAGGACUCGUCCGUCCUACGUCGGGGCGUACCCGUCGCACACAACAUCUUUGGCACUGCUCAAACCAUCAACUCAGCCAACUACGUCUACUUUUGCGCCUUGCGUGAGCUUAUGAAGCUGAACAACCCUGAGGCCAUCGAGAUCUACAAUGAUGAGCUACUCAACCUACAUCGAGGCCAAGGCAUGGAUCUGUUCUGGAGAGAUUCGUUGACCUGCCCUUCUGAGCACGACUACCUCGAGAUGGUCGGCAACAAGACUGGCGGUCUCUUCCGUUUAGCAAUCAAACUGAUGCAAGCCGAGAGUAGCGUCCCGAUCGACUGCGUGCCCUUGUGCAACACCAUCGGCCUGCUCUACCAAAUCCGCGACGACUACAAGAACCUCUCCGACACAAUCUAUACUCAAAACAAGGGCCUAUGUGAAGACCUGACCGAGGGCAAAUUCUCCUUUCCCGUUAUCCACAGCAUACGUUCUGACCCACAGAAUCUCGUCCUCAUCAAUAUCCUCAAACAAAAGCCGCAAGAUGAGGAGAUCAAGAGAUAUGCCGUCAAAUACAUGGAAAAGACGGGCAGCUUCUCAUAUUCACGCAGAGUGUUGCGAGGUCUGGCGAAGAAGGCUCUUGCGCUGGUUGACGAGCUCGACAAAGAUCGCAACGAAGGAGAGGCAAUCCGGAAAAUCCUCGACAAAAUGCAAGUCGACGAACCGCUUGUGGAGCUUGGAGGUACUUCUUCCUCAUCAUCACCUUAG